AUGUCGACUUGCUGGGAACAAGGUUUCGGAGCCAUCAGCCGCCGUUUGUCCAUAGUCCCCAACGAAGAAGCGAAUCUGGCAAUGUCUGUGUCGGCAGGCUUGGCCGGAUACCUGGUGUCCCUCAUCCUCGUUGUCGUGGGUCUCGUGGCGGGCCGAGGUCUCGUGGCGGGCCCAGAUCAGGAGCAGCCCAUCAGCUUGAACUUCGAGCCGCUGCCGCUGGUUUUGAAGCUUCUGCUUCGGCCGAUGCUGGGAGAGCCAUCAGCUUCCAGGCAGCCCGACCCCUUUAGCGAUCCUGUUGCUAUAGCUUUCCCUGCAAACCCGAUUAUCAUCGGCGGUGUAAUCGGUCUCGUGCUCACUUCGUUGAACCUCCUCAGUUUGGGGCGUUUGGACGGAGCCAUCCUCGCACGCAGUUCUCUCCGAAGUCUCAGACUUCCUGGCCUUCUGAGUGUCGGCAUUCUGUGUGCAGGCUGUCUCAGCACGUCUGGAGCCAGCUAUUUGUACGGGCUCUUUGCGAUUUAUGCCUUGGUCUUGCAAAGUGGCUACAACCGCCCGGUGCGCGAUGGUGUGUCUCAGCCGGAGACGUCCCUCAGCCUCACGGCCAUUGGUUUACUAGUCACCGGCAUUCUGCUGUCUUUGCCAAGUUCCUUGCCUGGUCUGCAGACAAUGUAG